AUGAAUAUCUUUACUAAAAAAAUAUUACUUAUAAUUCAAGGGAAUAUAAAAAAAGAUAUAAAAAAUUAUAUUUUGACUGAAUUCGGAAUAUCCUUAAUUGAAGAAAUAGCUUCAUUUGUAAAAAGAAAUUUUGAUGAUUAUGUAAUUUACUCGAGUAGUGAAUUAAUAAAUUUAUUAACUGCCAAAUAUAUUUUUCAAAAAACAAAUAUUUUAACAAAAGUUGAUAGAAGACUUGAUAAUAAUAAAAAUAUAUUUAACAAUAAACAGGUGAGUAUUAAUUUUUUGAAUAAUAUAUCAUUUAUUGAUAAAAAUAGUAAGACUUUAGAAAAUGUAAAGGAAAAUGAAAAUAUUAUAGAAACCUUUCUUAGAAUAAAAAAGGUCUUUAAAAAAAUACUAUUACAGGAAGAAGAAAAAAAUAUAAUUUUUAUUGUUUGUAAUUACAUUGGCGAAUGCAUCAUAAGUUGUAUAAAUGAAUACAAAAAAUAUAAUUUUCAAGAUGAUUUAUAUAUUUAUUCAAUUAAAUAUAAAACUGAAAAAAUUAAUAAAAAAGAUUACAGAGUAAAUAUAUUAGAUUCAGAAUUAUUGAAAUCCACAAAUAUUCUCAAAAGAACUUAUUUUAAAUUAAAAAAAAAAAAAAAGAUUAUUAGAAAAAUUAAUUUAUUUGAUUGUUGUUAUUUUCAAUGUGUUGAUAGUGAUUAUGAUGAGGAUUAUAUAAUAAAUAAAAUGGAAAGUACUUGUAGUGAUAAUACUGAAUUAUCUGAUAAAAGAGACGACAAUAGUUCCUAUAGUUUUGAAAAUUUAAUUGAAAGAAAAUUUCCUAAAGAUAAUUUCACUUCAUUUAAAAACAACGAAAAUGAUAGAAAUAUUAUUUCCAUUACUGAAAAUAACGAAAAACACAAAGGACAUCAAGAGAAUAAUUCAUUGAGAGAGUAUAACGAGAAAGAAUGUAAUACUGAAAUUAAUACAACAAAAGAAAUAAAAAUAAAAGAAAAAGAAAUUUCAAAUACUGAAGAUAAUUAUGUUUUAAAUAAUAAAAAUGAAAAUGAAAGUUUAUUUUUAAAAAUUAAGAACUUUAAAUUAGGAGAUGAAAAUGAUGAAAAUUUAAGUAUUAAUGAAAUUAUUUUUUUUUUAUGUUCAAAAGGUUAUUCAUUAACAGAGGAAGAAAUAAUUUAUAUAUUUGCAAAAAAAAUUAAUAAAAAUAAUUGUAAAGAUGAAUUAAACAAAUUAGAAGAAUACUUUAAAGAAAAAAAAGAAAAUUAUGAAAAAGAAUUUUAUUCUUUUUUUAAAUAUGUAGAUCAAGAUAAUCUGAAUAUAUCAAAAGAUAUACUUGAGUUUAUUCUGUUAAACUAUGGAAAUAAACUUAAGAAAAAAGAAUGCGAAGAAUUUUUCAAAAUGGCAAAUAUUAAUGAAAAAGUGAAUUGCAAAUUUCUAUUAGAUGAAUUAUCUAGAGUUUAUUGCUCAAAUAUAAGUAAUUGUUUGUAG